AUGACUACGGAACACAAUACACGGCAGGAGUUGAAGGAACUCGUGGCCCUACAUGGCAUAGGCCAUCGCCCGAAAGGUGCACACGGGUCCAAUUUGGACGGAGAGAGGACACCCCUACUGGGCACGGACACACCCGAAAUUCGGGAAGGUGGCAGUGGGAAUAUGUCGGAUGAAGAGGACGAGCCAUUGACUUUCGACGAGGUGACCAUCAUCAGAGCUGCUAUUGAGAUGACAUCCAAGACUGUUGGGCACGCCAUGACACCACUGGAAGCCGUAUUAGUUGUGAAUCUCAACAAGAUCAUCACAUACGCAUGGGUUUCCCAGGUACUUGAGGCAGGCCAUUCGCGCAUACCGAUAUACGAGGGAGACUGGAAUAACAUCAUCGGGUUCAUGAUGGUCCGCAAUCUGGUGCUGUGUGAUGUGCGGAACGGCAUCUCUGUACGUGAAAUGCCAAUGUUUCAGCUUUUCCACGUGGACGAAGAUUACAAGCUGUACGACAUGCUGAACAAGUUCCAGACGGGCAAGAGUCAUAUGGCAGUGGUAAAAG